AUUGAAAUAUGCCUCAACCUGGACAAUUCUUGCCACAACAUGGGAGUCUUUCUUCGUUGCUAACGCCAAAGAAGUUGAACUGCCACCACUAACUCCGUCCGAGUCAGAAGAGCUUCUUUUAAGKAGRUGCGAGUCAGUACAUGGAAUAGAAAGAUCUAGUAUCUCAAGAGAUCAAUUAAGAGAUAUCUUAGAAUUYUGUAGCAAUAUCCCGCAACUCAUUUGCAACGCUGCAGUCAUAGUCAAAACAAUUGUAGACGAUAYUUUUGCCUCUAGUCCACCCGAGCGCAAAUUAACAUCAGUCUGUCGGAGUGAUAUGAGCCCAAAACAACGAUUUCAUCCUUGUGUUAAUGUUUGCUUUGAUCGCCUUCAAGAAACUUCACGAAAGGUUCUCAUGGUGGUUUCAGUGCUACCAGGCUUCUUCACACUUGACGAGGCUGCAACGAUCUUCAUGAGCCUCAUUUCGAACAAGGAGGAACUUCAGGAUGGGUUAACUGAUUUGAUAAAUUUCAGCUUCCUGUCUUACAACCAAGAGCGAAAUGCGUAUUAUUUGAGCCCUGCCAUGAGAUCGUUUGUGAUCUAUAAAGUAACACAAGAACCACCAACCUCUUYUGAAACUGAUACCAAURAAUCCRAUUUGAGUCUUACGUACAAGGGUGCCAUCUCAAGAUUUGUGUAUUACACAUUUGACAGCACCUUAAAGAUUGAAAACAAUUUCUUCAGUAUCGACAGUGCAAWUGCYAUYCAGAAAUACAGAAAACAAGAGGCAAAUCUGAAAGAAAUAGCRMAUUGGUGCAUCUCCGAUAGACUCUCGAAAGACACAGACAUGAAGCGCCUCAGGUACUACAUCAUUGGUUCUUUUAUUCAGUGUUACUUGGUCAACAUCAARAUGAUGGAGCCCUAUUUGUUAAAGACAAUCCUGUGUAGGUUUUCACGGUUUUGUCUAAGACACAAAGGRAGAGACGAUGGCACAAAGAMGAAAAGUCCCAAAAACGGUUCAGAAAARGGAUACGUCGAAUGUCUGACUUAUGGCGGAGUUACAUGUAUUUUGGGUUGUCUCUGUGUACCCCAGCUAUGUCCAGUUGCUCUUGAGCAAGCAAUGUGGUGCUUUAAUAAAGUCUUGAAGGAAUUAUGUACCAGCCGGUCUUCUGUGAUUCCAAAUUUAAGUCAACAACUCGAUUAUUUGUCGAAAUGCAAGAUCAUGACCAAGGGAGCGCAAACUCAGUUCCUUCUUAAGUAUGGCAAGUGUUUGGUUCGACAUGGCCGAAUGGACGAGGGAUUAAAAUUCGUCAAAAAGGGGAUUGAAAUACGCGAGAAAGUGUUCAAGGAUUCAAAAUCCACGAAAGAUCGCGUUAUGGUGGCGGUGGCUUACAACGAUCUUGCAAGUGCCUACAGUUACAACAAUGAUUCCAAUGGAACAGCUAUUCAMAUAAGGCAAACCAAAGUUCUACCUGUUUAUGAAAAGUAUCUUGGCUGCCAUCCCUUCACAGCCAGUGCUCUCAGCCAUUUAGCCCACGACUACCUCACUCUGGAUGUGCAUGACGAAGCCCUCAAAGCGUGUGAAAAAGCUUUGUCCUACAGAAAACGAUUGUUGGGCCAACACUCUGAAACUGCUCGUUCUUUGUUUGAUAUGGGUCGUAUCUUACGCGAACAAGCGKGCCACUGUGAUAGUCUAGAAGACAAACACAAGAGAUAUGAAGAAGCGCUUUCAUAUCUAAAURAAGCACUUGAAGUGCGUCAGCAUCUGGCAUUCACAUCUAAAGAAACGGCACAAACUCACUCGGAAAUAGCUGAUGUGUUGAAAUCCUUGGGAAGAAACAAAGAGGCCCAAAAACACGUAGAAAUAGCACGAGUUCAUAUUAAAAAGCCGGUUAGUAUGCAACAUACUGAAAAAUAACUCAGAUACACUAUUUACAUUGUAAAUAUGCCCCGGUAUUUACGUUCUUGAUAAGAACUUGUGAUAGAUGAUUACUUACACGGCAAAAAGCGAGAAAAGGUUGGAAUAACAUUGUAAAUAAUAAACGUCUUUUAUAUCAAUAUUUCAUGAUGCCUGUACGAAUGGAUGUGGUCCACCAGCAUUCAGUGCGGUCGUCAUGUUUUAGAUUUUUCAUAUAUGGAAAGUGAGGAGUGACUUCAAAUAUCCAUUCGCAAUCCAUUUCAAUCCAUCGGUCUUAAAGGUCGAAUCUUACAGUAUCUCCAUUUAUAAAGGGAUAAUAAAGAGAAAGUUUUUGCUCAUAUUACGAUGUAUGUACAACAUGAGCAAAAGCUCGAAAUGGGAUGCUGGUGGACCAUGUCUAUUUAAGGGGAUUGGGGAGGGCUCUCUUUAGGGUCAACUUUACCAUUUGCUAGUUUUAAAGCAAAUUGGUAGAUUAAAUGAGAUCAGGUGGCAAUUAUGACUAGUUGUCCGAAUUUGUUCACAUCGAUUACCUUAUCUCGAUUUCUUUUUAGAGUUUUUAAAUUCAUCUUUAAUGUGAAAGGCUGACUUCGUCAAAUUAAUAGUCAACAUCCACUCGUAUGGUACUAUAAAGGCUAUAGCUCAGUAUUACGGACAUUUUAUUGAAUAGUUUUAAACUCCUUUCGAGGAAUAAAGCAAGAGUUUAAAUGAAUUCUUUGAAUCUUAUCAGAUUAUCGAUUUACACAGUAACUUCAAUGUCAGCCUAAAAUUUUUAUCAGGUGCAAAUUAUAAAAUAUACGUGUUGAAUUAUAUUAAUUCAUUUUCUCCUAUUGCCUAAACAAUGUAUUA